GCCGGCGCCGCGCGUGCGCACUGCGGCUCUGCGCUUGUCAUCAUGGCGACGCGGGGCCAUGUGCAGGACCCUAACGACCGGCGCCUCCGGCCCAUCUACGAUUAUCUCGAUAAUGGCAAUAAUAAAAUGGCGAUUCAGCAAGCCGAUAAACUGCUGAAAAAACACAAAGAUCUUCAUUGUGCUAAGGUAUUAAAAGCGAUCGGGUUACAGAGGACUGGGAAGCAGGAUGAUGCCUUCGCCCUGGCACGAGAAGUCGCUGCCCUCGAGCCCACUGAUGACAAUUCCUUGCAAGCUCUGACCAUUCUCUAUCGGGAAAUGCACAGACCGGAACUGGUCACCAAGCUCUAUGAGGCGGCUGUGAAGAAGGUCCCCAACAGCGAGGAGUAUCACUCUCACCUCUUCAUGGCCUACGCUCGAGUCGGGGAGUACAAGAAGAUGCAGCAGGCUGGAAUGGCACUUUAUAAGAUUGUACCCAAAAACCCUUACUAUUUUUGGUCUGUCAUGAGUUUAAUCAUGCAGUCUAUAUCGGCACAGGACGAGAACCUCUCCAAAACCAUGUUUUUGCCCCUUGCUGAGAGAAUGGUGGAAAAAAUGGUCAAGGAGGACAAGAUAGAAGCUGAGGCUGAAGUCGAGCUUUACUACAUGAUUCUGGAGCGCUUGGGAAAGUACCAGGAAGCCUUGGAUGUCAUCAGAGGCAAGCUAGGAGAGAAGCUGACCAGCGAGCUCCAGAGCAGAGAAAACAAGUGUAUGGCCAUGUACAAGAAGCUGAGCCGGUGGCCGGAAUGCAACGCCCUGUCGAGGCGGCUUUUGCUGAAGAACUCGGAUGAUUGGCAGUUCUAUCUGACUUAUUUUGACUCUGUCUUUCAACUCAUCGAUGAAGCCUGGACCCCUCCUGCAGAGGGAGAACACUCUCUGGAAGGAGAAGUACAUUAUUCUGCAGAAGAGGCCGCUAAGUUCAUUGAGGAGAGGAUCCUAGAGGAGUCCAAGGGCGCCCGGCACCUGCGGGGCCCAUACCUGGCCAAGCUGGAGCUCAUCCGACGCCUGCGGCACCAGGGCUGCAACAAUGAACACAAGCUGGGUGAUCCUGAGGAGUUAAUGUUUCAAUAUUUCAAGAAGUUUGGAGAUAAGCCUUGUUGUUUCACUGACCUAAAGGUGUUUGUUGACCUCCUGCCUGCCUCACAGUGUACAAAGUUUAUCAAUCAGCUCCUUGGAGAGGUGCCUCUGUCCACUCCCACAGAAGAGAAGCUGGCCCUGCCGGCUGACAUCAAGGGCCUGCAGCAGCACCUGUGUGUGGUUCAGCUGAUGAGACUCCUGGGCCUCUACCAUGGCAUGGAUAAGGACCAGAAGCUGAGGGUGGUCCGUGAGCUGAUGCUCAGAUAUCAGCACGGCCUGGAAUUUGGAAAAUCCUGUUUGAAAACAGAGCUGCAGUUUUCAGACUAUUACUGCCUGCUUGCUGUGCACGUGCUCAUUGACAUGUGGCUAGAAGCAGGGGAAGAGAGGGCCGCAUGGCAGGCCCUCACAUUACUAGAGGAGGGCUUAACCCAUAGUCCUUCCAAUGCCCAGUUCAAGUUGCUGCUCGUCCGGAUCUACUGCCUGCUUGGGGCAUUCGAGCCCGUGGUGGACCUCUACUCCAGCCUCGAUGCGAAACAUAUCCAGCACGACACCAUCGGCUACCUUCUGACCCGCUACGCCGAGCCUCUGGGCCACUACGCUGCUGCCUCCCAGUCCUGUAACUUUGCACUCAGGUUUUUCCACUCCAACCAGAAAGAUACCUCAGAAUAUAUUAUUCAAGCCUACAAAUAUGGUGCGUUUGAGAAGAUCCCAGAGUUCAUCGCUUUUAGAAAUAGACUCAACAACUCCCUGCACUUUGCUCAAGUGCGCACUGAACGGAUGUUGCUGGACCUGCUGCUUGAAGCCAACAUAUCGACCAGUUUAGAAGAGAGUGUCAAGUCCAUGAGUCUGAGUCCUGAGGAGGAUGACAUCCCGUGGAAAGACCUGCGAGACAACAGGGACCUCCAUGUUUUCUUCACGUGGGAUCCCAAGGAGCGGGAUGUUUCUGAAGAACACAAGAAGCUCUCCCUGGAGGAGGAGACCCUCUGGCUGCGCAUCCGUUCCCUGACCCUGAGAUUGGUCAGCGGGCUUCCAACGCUCAGCCACUCUGUGGAGCCAAAAAACUCAGACAAAACGACAGAGAAUGGUGUCUCGUCCAGGAUCGAUACCAUCCGUUCGCUUCUCCAGCAACUGGAAGGCGUGCUAGAUGCCGGAAAGCGAUUUGUUGGACGGAAGGUUCAGUAUCCUUUCCUCGGUCCCGUUCCCACCCGCAUGGCCGGCUUCUUCAGCAGCGGCUGCUGCCAGUGCCAGACAGGCUCCUUUUACCUUGUUAGUGAUAUUUAUGAACUAGAUACCAACGGCCUAGAGGAUACAGCUGAGAUCCAGGAGAGGAUAGGGAAUUGUUUUGAAUCUUUACUAGAACAAUUAAGGGAAGUCUUUGGUCAAUGUAAAGGCGACAUCUUAGAAGUACAAGAUGGGAGCCUGAAGGCUCAUCCCAGCGUCUUAGAAAACUUAGUCUUCUUUGUGGAGACCAUCUCCAUUGUCCUCUGGGUAACUAGUUACUGUGACAGUGUCCUGCAGCCGUAUAAAUUAAAUUUACAGAAAAGGAAAAAGAAGAAAAAAGAAACCAGCGCCCUCAUGCCUCCUGUCUUCUCCAGCUUCCAGCACUACGUGGCCGGGCUGCAGCUGCUCAUCUCCAGUGUCCUGGAGCACAUCCGGGGCCUUGAGACUCUUCUGGCUGCACUGAAACUGGAAGAACUGUCCCUAGAAGACCCUGCUCUCUCCCAGGAGGACAAGAAGUUCACAAAGACCGUGCACGGGAAGGUGCAGAGCAGCUAUCAGCACUCGCUUCAGGAAAUCGGAGAGCUGCUGAAAAAGAGGCUGGAGACCAUGAAGAAACUCAGAGUGUGAGGGGAGAGGCCUGGACCAGAGCAUUGUCCGCUGCCGCACCGCGGCCACCACAAUCCAGAACUUCCUCAUCAAAUGCAUGAAGGACUUUGAUCUUGAAUUAAUUUUUUAGGUAUUAACUCUCCACCGCUGAUUAAAUGAUUGUACAUAAAGCGGAAGCCGAGCCCUCCCCUAGGUUUGACCACUUUUUAUACAUGUUCAUUAUUAAGCGUAUGGCAGCAACCAGAGAAAGCCUCCUUCUCUUCCUUUCCAUCUCCAGAAAUUUCUGGGCUUGUUUUUAGAAGCAGCAAUAGCAAGUCAGCAGUAACAGCCUCCGGCCCAGAGCGGCCAGGGCAGAACAGGCCUCCUGCCCCUGGACGUGUGGCUCCUUCCCUGGCAGCGGUGCAGGCCGGGUGGACGCGAAAAGGAGGGCUGAGAGCUCCCACCGCACCAACCUCUGGCCCCUGCCCUGUGCCCGCCUUUGAAAUCUGAACCAGGGGCAGGGAGGCAGAGGAAGCAGCUGUCCAGGGGAGAGCGAGGAGCCUGGAGCAUCCCCAAGGUCACUCCCAACCAGCCCCACCUCUUGUCCAUGCCUUUGGGGAUGACGGGAAUCGCUGGUGGAAAGCCAAGAGAGAUGAUGUACAUAAUUUAUGCAGCGAAGCCCUGAUUUCUUCAGUCAUAUACUACAAUCAGUUCAUGAAUUAAAAACAAAAAAUAGGUGCUUGAAAACGAAGACUUAGUGCUUGAGGGCCUUUACUGGUGGGGGCCGGCAGGGAGGGAGCGGGCUGAGCCCUGGGUAAUGUCCAAGGCUUUCAGGUUGGGCCAGGGGCGCCCUGUAGGGCAGGGGCCUGAGAAUGCCCCUUCCCCUGCCUGGGCACCAGGGCGGGUACAUGGGGCUGGCUUCUUUCUCGACCUUCAGACGACACGCAGAGUCGGCUCUUCUUUAAAAGCAAAUAACUAUCUCUUUUUCUCCGAUGAAAUUUGACCAUAUUUUUUUUUUUUAUUUCUUGGAAAGGUUGAAAAAGAAAAUCUUCCUAUGCAAAAACCACUUGCUUUUUUGGUCCUCCUGGCUUCACGGGACCUUUGAAGCGCUCAGAAAUCUGUGAUCUGGCCUAGAGUAAUUGAUUCUCCUAUUUAAACUUUGAAAGGAAGUUGCAAAGGAUCACAACCCCUUCCUCCAAAAAGACUUAUUAGAAAUGCUAGAUCUUUGACAAGUAGGACCCUGGGAGAGAGCAAUUUUUACAGGAAGUGCCAGUGGCCAGUCUCCCAGGCCACCAUCCACAGAGGAAGGAGGGAGAGCAUUUUGAACUUGAACAUGGCUGCAGUCUCCGACCUCUUGGGGGUAGGGGGUGGCAAAUGCAGCCUUCUGAGUCGAGCUUGGGGGUGGGGUGGGUGUGCUGAAGUGAUCCUUUCUCUCACCGUCUUGAAAUGUACAGUAUAUAGAAAUACCCUUUGAAAGAAAAUCAGAGACUGACCUCAGUCCUUUGAAGCAUGCACAGGGUUGGGGAAGCUUGGUCUCUGUCCUUAGGGGCAUCUCAUGAUUCCUCUCCAGCCAAUCUCUGCUUCCUAGUGGCAGUCACCCCCUGCCCCUGGCCCCCCUCCCGAUGGUUCAGUGUCAAAUAAUGUUAUUGGGGAGGGGGGCCAUUGUUACUUCCUUUGUUUCUUGUUGACUUUUGUAUUAACCGUAGCACUGAAAUCAAAUUCAACCUCUUACAUCUCGCGAUGUCUUUGUAUAAAAAAGAAAAACGAAAACGAAAAACUAAAUUGUGUGCAGAAACAGCCAAUACCUUGUUGAUCUAGUCUUUUGGAAACUUUGUCACACCCUAUAAAUUGUGUACAGUUAAAAAUAUAUCUAUAUCUAUAUCUAUAUAUUCUUACACGAGUAAAGAAGCACCCUCCAACACAUCGGAUGUCAUUUGGUAUUUGACAAGGAAUUCCAAAUGAUCCCUUGCUGCUGCUGUUUUUUUGUGUGGGGGCUCGGGGGCUUGGUUUGGCGGGUUGUUUUGGGGUUUGUUUUUUCUUUAUGUGUGCUGAAUUGAAAUUUUAAAACGAGGUAAGGCGUGGAAGAGGAAUAGACAGACUAACGAGACUACUGUCUGCAGCCUGAAAGGGUCUUGCUUGGUUUUAUUCCACCGGCGUCCCAUGAGUUUGAGAUCCGGCCUCCUAAGGAGACAUGGAGGUGAAGCUGUUUCUGUGGGCAGCACUCGAUCCCGGAGCACGCACACGCACCAGAGAGAAAGAUCCCAGGUCUUGUGCCUAGUAGGACCAGUGCGGGACACCUGCUCCGGGCCCCUCUCAGUUGCAUCUCUUUCCACGAUUUUAACUGUUCAAACGUUGCAUUUCCAUUUCGCAAUCGUUAUGUUCAAGCAGGAUUUGUCCUCUUUUGUUUUUUUUAAACACAUACGGGGUUUAUUGUACCUGCAGCUUUGUUUUCUCGACUCUUUCCUGAAUUAUUUGAUGUAAUUUAUGAAUGUAGAAGGCCUAUAUCUGUCCUCCUUCAGAAUUCAGUGACACGGGCACAGCAAACCUGCUUUAAACUGGAUGGGUUUAAUAAUUUAUAUAAAAGAUAGUUUCAUUACAA